AUGGGCGGCGGUGAUGACCCUCCUCCGUACGAACCGUACGACGAGGGCUUGACUGCAAAAGGCGCUAUUACCGAGGAUGAAAACCUCGCAGACCAGAUAAGAGCGCUGCGUAUGAGCGACGUUAGCAAGGUGCUGGCUUCCCCGGUGCUUGACUUCUUGUUGCUUACUAUCUUCCAGUCAUCAAAUUCGAGUCGGCUGAGCUCUAGCCAGACACGAGCGGCAGACCAUACCGACAUACGAGAACGAUGCAUUGAUACUGGCUCCAGGUCUCUCAAAGCUCAACUUAGCCUGUAUGACCUGCUGUCCAUCCACUCAUCGUCCGGAUCGAUUAAUGUGGGAAUACGCACAUAUCCAGCCGACAAGGAACAUCCGGUACCUGCGAAGCUUGUGAUCUCAAGCCACGCUGGAUCAGUGAAAGUCAGCCUACCAGCGUCAAGCGCGCCAGUGCGGGACUAUUCUAUCUCGAUCGAGUCGCAUUCCGGAUCUAUCAGCGGCGAUCUCGUCCACGGCCGUACGACAUCGGUGCACUCGCGCUCUGGCCAUGUCAAUCUUCAGUUCGUUCUAAGCGGCGCAAGCAAGGACAGCUCGACAUUGAGCACCACGACUGAAUCAGGAAGAUCCGACGUCACAGUGCUCGCUCCCACUCCGGACACUGUUACAGAUGCCCCAUCCUCAAUCAAGCAGCUUUCAAGCACACACACCACGAAAGAUGGAAGUCUAUCAGUACAGUAUCCUAUGGAGUGGGAAGGGACCAUUGAGGGCCAUACGGAAAGUGGCAAUAUACGGCUCCAUGGUAGAGACAUCGAGCUUAUCCAGAAGCGGCCGCACUAUGUGCUUGCGAAGAAAGGCACAGGUAAUAGCACCCUCACCUUCCGGACUGCCAGCGGUAGCGCUAGUGUAUGCUUCGAAUGA